AGCGGCCUCUUACACCCCAUCGCGACGGUUCGUAGAUCACGAGAACCCGCCUCCAAUCUGGUGCCCAACGCCCAGGGCAUGCCUACACCAUCUCGGUGUCAGCCAGAAUGCGGACCUCUCCAUCUCGGAUCAGCCAAGCACGAGAACACCUGGUAACCUUGGUGUUGCUGGCUUGCUAUGUUGGAGUGACCGUUCAGCAGCGCGACCCUAUAAACGACUUCUGUCGGAGAUGGGGUCACCAAACUGCCGUCAUUGACGACAAGCUCUACAUCGAUGGAGGAUUAAUCACCUACAGCGGCUCAGAGAAUCCGGAGAACGUCACCAACCCCUACUUGAUUUACCAUGAUUUGAGCACCGUUUCCAGCUCGGGCAUGCCACCGCCCCACGCGAAUCUCAGCAAGAAUUCGACUAUCCCUAAUGUUAAUGGUGGAAUAUUAUGGCCCGACGAUGUCAACAAGCGAAUCUACCUCUUCGGUGGCGAAUUUUACGGCGAGACUCCCUGGUCCUUCGACCUCUACGCAUAUGACGUCCUGAACGACUAUUGGGACAACUAUGGAUCGCCCCGGUCCACCGACAUCAUGGGUCUCAGCUACGGCGCCGGCCUCUCCAUCUCGAGUCGCGGAGAGGGAUACUACUACGGAGGAUGGAUGAAUAGCGCCACGGACCCGAAUUGGGGCGACGCCCCUGGCAUCCCAACCUCGUACAUGUUGAAAUACGACAUGGACAGCAACAGUUGGUCGAAUACGACUGGACCAGACGAGGUCGGUCGUGCGGAGGGUGUCAUGAUCUACCUCCCCGCCGGCGACGGAGGCUUGAUCAUCUACUUUGGAGGUAUCCGUGGGACGGGCAAUGGGGCUUGGGAGGGUCAACCGAUGGAGGAGAUCAUGAUUUAUGACAUUCUCAGUGGUAAGAGCUACUUGCAGAAUGCUACAGGCUCUGUCCCCGAGAUGCGACGUCGGUUCUGUGCUGGAGCGACUUGGGUCGACGACCAGUCAUCCUACAACAUUUAUCUGUAUGGUGGCCUCGGCGAAGCGGAAGGUAGCAUCGGCUUCGACGACAUCUACGUCCUGACGAUUCCCACCUUCACUUGGGUCAAGAUGUACCCACUCAACACCAACCAGACAGGCGAAUUCCCGCAUCACAGUAUGUCAUGCAACGUUGUCAAUGAAGCCCAGAUGCUCGUCCACGGCGGCUUCUUCCCCCUGACCAACGACUGCGACUCGGAGGAGCAAUGGGGCAUGCACAACAUGGAUUUGGGCAAGCAAAACAAGGACAACUCGCCAUGGGCCUUAUACGUUCCGGACAAGACCAAGUACGUGGUCCCGACUGAUAUCCUCUCCGUCGUGGGUGGCAAGUCGACUGGCGGAGCUACCAAGACUGCACCGGCGGAGGGGUUCGCUGCCCCGGAUCUGAAGGCUCUCAUGACGCGCAAGGCCGAGGCUGCUGUGAGGACAGCCACCCGAGAUGUGGUGGGCGCGAGCGAGACGAGCAGUGCGCCUACCAACACACCGAAACCCAAGUCCGGCCUCUCAACCGGGGCCAUUGUCGGGAUCGGAGUUGGCGGUGGUGUUGUGGCAAUCCUAGGACUCGUCGGCGCAUGCUGCCUCAUGAGACGACGCCGCGGCCGUGAUUCCACCAACGUGUCGCAGCAGGCGAUGAACCAGUCCUAUGACUACCAUCCAGCCCAGACCAGUUCCCACUUCUCGCAGGGCCCCUGGAGCCCCGGAUCUUCCCACUUCAACACUACGAGCCCGCCGCCUUUCCACUCGUCCAGCCCUAACACCGUUCAGUCCAACGUCCAUCCGCCCGCACCGCCAGUAGAGCUGCCCACGGAGACGAACGAUAUGCUUCAUGUGUCGCCAUACGCAGAGACUCCGGGUAUCGCGGAGCCCAAAUAUGACGCGCAAGGAAACCUGUGGGUUCCUCAGGUCACUAUGAUGGAGCCGAGCCCCUCGCCAGCCGGAAGCCCCCAAUACGAGCACAGCCAGUCACAUGUACAAAAAUAUGACCAGAGCUAUUCGCCUUCACGAACACCUCAGGAGCUGGCCACUGAGGCAGAGAGGGUCGCACAAGGCGGGGGGAACGGCCGUCAUCAAACGUACUAUCAUCCAUGAUUAGCGUUAGCCAACGGAACAUGCUUUGAUGUUUUUCUUUUGUAUUUUCUUUUUUGAACUUGAUGUUCAAAUCUUUAACUUACUGGAGAAUGCCCUCAUCGGGCAAGGAAAGAUACGGAGUAUUGGAGUAGGAAUAUUCAGCGUUUUGCAGAGAUGCUCUCGUUGUCGGGUAAAGGGAUUGGGUCCUACAUAAGGGUAGCCUUGGCUUG